GUAGGUCCAGUGAACACAGCCUCCUGAGCCAGUGGUUCAAGAUGAUUUCUACAUUAUGGCUGGGGGGGGCUCUCUGCUGCCUGACGCUGCUCCCGGGUCUGCUGGAGGCUAAAACAUUACUGAAUUCCAUCAAGCAGGAAGAAAUGGUUCCUGUCAGUCACGUUAACAUCGACUCCGAGAGAGCAAACGGCUUCCUGACUCACUCCAGAACCAAGCGUAACGUGGACCCCAGAUGGUACAGAGGAAGCCCAGACUUCCAGGCUUAUUACAGAUACUACACCAGCAUCGGACACACUGAGGGGCUCUACGAGAUCGACAAACUGCGGAUGCUCUACCAGCAGAUGAGAUACCUGGAGAACACCUACGGCCCCAACGCCUCCUAUUUCCAGAACAAACUGGGGAUGCCGACGAUCAUGUGCGACCCAGCUACAGACAAGAAGUGCAAACCCGUCCCUCCUCCACCUCCGAUGAAGGGGGGACCCAAGCCCACAGAGCCCCUAGCGACCCCUCCUCCUCUUCCUCCUGCGCCAUCCCUUUCCCAGGCUGAUGUGCUGUACCUGUGCAACAGCAAGGACCCCCUCUGCAAGCCCCACAUCGUCUACUUGCCCAGUGGCGCCGUGCCCGUGCUCUGCGACCCCCGCUACCACCCCCACUGCACCCCUCAGAAGUCUGCACCAGCCCCUGUGGCGGCGCCUCAACCUCCUCCACCUCCACCGAAGAAGCCUGCCCCCCCUCCACCUCCACCAGUCUUCGUCAAGAAGUCUCCCCCUGCCCCCGUCCGCACCUUCAAGGGCAUGGAGUACGACUGUGACCCCUACUGGGACCCCGACUGCCUGGUUGACCACCCACCCAGGCCUAUGAAAGGGAAGGUUGUGGUCCCGCCACCACCACCCCCACCUGAGGAGGAGAAGGAGGAACCUGUGCAGGAGCCGGCACCUCCUGCGAUCGUCAAGAAGAAACUGACCUUCUUCCCUCACCCUUACUACCCUAUGCCAUACGACCCCAGGGAUGAGCUGUACGACCCAGUCCGCUUCAAGUACCCAGCGCCUGCUGAUGCUGCUGAGGAUGAGGCUGCGGAGGCCAGCCAGUGAAACAUCUGGGACGUGUCGGAGGAAAGGUGUUUCUCUUUGAACCACACGAGACUUUGAUUGAAAACAUCUAAGUUGCGCAAUAUCCAUAUUUUGUGGUUUUUACCUUGUAGCGGUCACACACACACACAAAAAAAAACAGCCUGUACAAAAGCAUUGAUAAGUUGCUAUGUUUGUUUAAAACUUACUAAAUGUAUAAAAAAAAAAAGCAGUCAACACAUGCAUGUAAUGCAAAUGAUCUUCGAGUAAUAAAAUGUGACCAAACAGUA